UAUGUCUAAACACUAACGUCAUUGUGAAAUGGCGGUCAAAUGUUGGCGUUAGUGUUUUAUGUUUAUGUGUGAUGUUUUGUAACGUUUUGUUAUAAGUUCCAAAAUGCAUAUAAAACAGGUGAUUAUUCAGGGAUUUAAGAGUUAUCGAGAACAAAUUGUUGUUGAACCAUUUGACAAAAGACAUAAUGUAGUCGUGGGUCGUAACGGAUCCGGCAAAAGUAACUUUUUCCAUGCCAUUCAGUUUGUGCUUAGUGAUGAGUUUUCACAUCUUCGUCCGGAGCAGAGACUGGCUCUGUUACAUGAAGGCACAGGACCCCGGGUGAUAUCUGCUUUUGUUGAAAUUGUAUUUGACAAUUCUGAUAAUAGAAUACCGAUUGAGAAGGAUGAAAUUUUCCUUAGACGAGUUAUUGGAUCAAAGAAAGAUCAAUUUUUCCUUAACAAGAAGGUUGUGCCUCGCUCAGAAGUUUUGAACUUGUUGGAAAGUGCUGGUCUAUCCAAUUCAAAUCCAUACUAUAUUGUGAAGCAAGGAAAAAUUAACCAGAUGGCGGUAGCCCCAGAUUCCCACAGACUAAAACUAUUGAGAGAAGUUGCCGGAACUAGAGUUUAUGAUGAACGCAGAGAGGAAUCUGUAACUAUCCUCAAAGAAACUGUUGGCAAGGUGGAAAAAAUUAAUGAUUUUCUGCAAACAAUUGAGGAGAGAUUGAAGACACUAGAAGAAGAGAAGGAAGAAUUGAAAGAGUAUCAGAAAUGGGACAAGGCUCGGAGAGUUCUGGAAUUUAUUAUACAUGACACUGAACACAGAGAAAAUAAACGGAAACUUGAAGAUUUACAAAAAAUGCGCUCAAACAGUGGCAAAGAACAACAACACUAUGCUGAUAUGGUUCGUGAAGCUCAAGAACAUGUGAGGGAAUCCAACAGAAAACUUAAAGAAGCUCGCAAAGACGUCGCAGCUGCUCGUGAAGAAAAAGACAUAUUGUCCACUGAACAACAGCAAUUGCUCAGAGAAAAGACCAAAUUGGAGCUUGGCAUCAAAGAUUUGACAGAUGAUGUGGACGGAGAUAAUAAAUCUAAGGAAAGAGCCGAAGCGGAGUUGGAGCGUCUCCGCCAACAGAUAUCUGAAAAAGAGCGUGAAUUAGAAGAACUUAAACCGAAAUAUGAAGAGAUGAAAGCACGCGAGGAAGAAUGCACCCGGGCUUUAGCGCUCAAUCAACAGAAAAGACAAGAAUUGUAUGCGAAGCAAGGCCGUGGGACACAGUUCACUUCGAAACAGGACAGGGAUCGGUGGAUUGAGAAGGAGCUUAAAUCGCUGAACAAGCAAAUAAAGGACAAAAAGGAUCACGAGACGAAGCUGCGCGACGACCUGCGCCGCGACGCGACCAAGCUCACGGAGCUGGAGAAGCGCAUCGAGGAGAUGACCAAGGAGAUGGAGAGGCAGCGCGUGGCCAUCGACGAGCACAACAAGCAGUACUACGAGUGCAAGAAGAGAAAGGACCAGGAGCAGAGCACGAGGAAUGAAUUGUGGCGAAAGGAAACUACACUGACACAGAAUUUGUCAUCAUUGAAGGAAGAUUUGGCUAAGGCUGAUCAAGCCUUAAGAUCAAUGGCUGGAAAGCCAAUUCUCAACGGGCGUGACAGUGUACGUAAAGUUCUAGAAACUUUCCAAGAGCGAGGCGGCGAGUGGGCUAAAAUCGCGACUCAAUACUAUGGGCCUGUUAUUGAGAAUUUCACUUGCGAUAAAACUAUUUACACUGCUGUCGAGGUAACAGCAGGCAACAGGUUAUUCCAUCACAUAGUGGAGUCUGACACAGUUGGUACCAAGAUAUUAAAAGAGAUGAACAGACAGAAUCUCCCUGGAGAAGUUACCUUCAUGCCUCUUAACCGACUGCAAGUUAGGGACAUGAUAUAUCCUAACGAUAAUAAUGCUAUUGCGAUGGUGCAGAAGCUAAAAUACGAUCCCAAAUACGCGAAGGCUAUGAAGUACAUAUUUGGCAAAACUCUGAUAUGCAGGAAUUUGGAGUGCGCUACAGAAUUGGGGAAACAGUACCAUUUGGAUUGUGUCACUUUAGAGGGAGAUCAAGUAUCAUCGAAAGGUUCCCUUACGGGUGGUUAUUUCAAUCAGUCCCGCUCUCGUUUGGAAAUGCAAAAAACUCGUUCGGAACUAAUGGAACAAAUAACAACAUUGGAACAAGAGCUCAGUACAUUGCGACAAGAGUUGAAUAAAACAGAGACCAGCAUCAAUAGUAUUGUCUCUGAGAUGCAACGGACCGAGACUAAACAGGGGAAAGCUAAAGAUAUCUUCGACAAAGUGAAAGCGGACAUUCGUCUAAUGAAAGAGGAAUUAGGUUCCAUAGAGCGUUUCCGCGGCCCGAAAGAGCGCUCUCUAGCUCAGUGCAGGUCUAGCUUGGAAGCUAUGCAGGCCACUAAGGAAGGUCUGGAGUCUGAGUUACACCAAGAACUGAUGGAGCAGCUAUCAACAGCGGAUCAAGGUAAAGUGGACGAGUUGAACGACGCCAUUCGUCGGCUCACACAAGAGAACAAGGAAGCUUUCAGCCAGAGAAUGAACUUGGAAGCUACUAAGAACAAACUUGAGAAUCUGCUCACUAACAAUCUGAUUAGACGUAAAGAUGAACUGGUGCAAGCCCUGCAAGAAAUAUCGGUCGAGGAUCGCAAGCGCCGGCUGCAGAACAGCAAGUCGGACCUGAACGCGGCCGAGAAACGGAUCAAACAGAUCAACAAAGAGUUAGAGGAAGUCGAGAGGAAAGUGCAGGCGGCUGUGAAAAAUGAGAAGGCUCUGAAACUCGAGUUGGAUAAAUGGAGGAAUAAGGAAAAGGAAGCCCAAGAUAAAAUGGAAGAGGACGCGAAGGGCUUAGAAAAGAUGGCGUCCAAGGAAGUGUUGCUGCAGGAAAAGAUACAAGAGUCAUUGGACAAAAUAGCUGCUCUCGGCACACUGUCCAAUGCGCCGGAGUUACACGCUAAAUAUGAGAAAAUGUCUCUCAAACAGCUCUUCAAAGAAUUGGAGAAAGCGAACCAACAUCUGAAAAAGUACAACCACGUGAACAAAAAGGCGUUAGACCAGUUCAUAAGCUUCUCAGAACAGAAGGAGAAACUGUAUAAGAGAAAAGAGGAACUCGACAUUGGUGGUGAAAAGAUUCGUGAAUUAAUCGAAGCUCUGGAGCAUCGGAAACUAGAAGCAAUCCAGUUCACAUUCAAGCAAGUGAGCAAGAAUUUCACGGAGGUUUUCAAGAAACUCGUACCGCAGGGGCGUGGUUCACUCAUAAUGCGUGUGGCCGCCGAUGACCCUAAUGAUGUCGCACCUGAACGCGCAAACGCGGAGCAGUUCUCGGGCGUCGGCAUCCGCGUGUCGUUCACGGGCGGCGAGGGCGACAUGCGCGAGAUGAACCAGCUCUCCGGCGGGCAGAAGUCGCUCGUUGCGCUCGCGCUCAUCUUCGCGAUACAGAAGUGCGACCCCGCGCCCUUCUACCUCUUCGACGAGAUCGACCAGGCCUUAGACGCGCAGCACCGCAAAGCAAUAGCGAACAUGAUCCACGAGCUGUCGUCGAGCGCGCAGUUCAUCACGACCACGUUCCGGCCGGAGCUGCUGGAACACGCGCACAAGUUCUACGGAGUCAAGUUCCGGAACAAAGUGUCGCACGUCGAGUGCGUCACGCAGGAGGAGGCGCGGGACUUCGUGGAGGACAGCGCUACGCACGCGUAGAUUGUCUAUGAUUAAAUGUAUUUGUAUUAUGAGUUAUUAUUUCUUCCCUGUGGAUCCCUAUUAAUGUUCCCUAGUUAUAAAUCAUUUAGUAUAUAAACAAGAGUUUAUAUGGGUCGAGUUAUGAAACAGAGUCGCACGUGAGUGCGUGACGCAGGAGGUGGUGCGGGACUUCGUGGAGGACAGCGCUACGCACGCGUCGAUUGUUUAUGAUUAAAUGUAUUUGUAUUA